AUGCCUUCCGAUGCCCAAGAUCUCCAGGUCGUCCUGGCCGCCCAGGAGAAGAGAGAGCUCGCUCCCAACGUCUCCUCUCAAGUAAUUAACGAGAUGAAGAGCAGUCUCAUCUUCCAAUUUGACUGGGCACAGCUGCUCCAGGCCGCGCCCACAUCCAUCAGCUGUAUGGGAGCCUGCUUCGUUGCUAGCUCGAGCCCGAAUGCUGUUGUUCACCUUGAACCGCCCAAGGAUAAGGGGUUCCAGUACUUGAGGUACACCUCGGUUCAAGCCAAUCUUGUUGAGUGCGGUAACAUGGGCCGCAUGGCAUUUGUUUCAGCGGAGAAGGGUAUGGGUACCAUUCAGUUGACGUCGACAAUCAUCAACGGCAAGAUCAACGACAUCGUGGCCAUCAUUGGCGAGCCCGCGUCCGCCAAGAAUAUGUUGCGCCCGCAGCUAAAUGCCCUGAAGCAAGGAUCAACCACUUGUCUCGAUGAAGCAAAGGAAAUGGACAAGAAGUUCGAGGAUUGGCUCCUGUACGUUUGCGAGAUGCACGCAGCUUGCGUCCAACAGGAAAACACUACUAGAGAAGCUAUACUGAGCAACGAGAUCUGCGUCGCUGCCGAGCAAACCCGCUUGGACUAUCAGAAGUCAACCGUUGAAGAAGCCGAGAAGGCCUUCAAAAUGAUGGGAAAACAGGUUGAAACGGCUUCUGAGGCUUUCAAGAAGGCCUCAGACCAGUUCCCCACUGGUUGGGAUAUCAUGGGCCAGCAAAUUGUCGGUGACUUGGUAGGAGCCGUCACAAACCUGGGCAACUCAUUUGCCCAUGCCUUCAUUUCCAACCUCAACCCGAUCGCCAAGGUCGAGGCAGGUGCUUCCAUUGUCGGAGGCUUUCUCAAACCCAAACAUGACGAGUCUGUGCCCGAGAUUCCGGCGUCAGACCCUGUGCCGCCAACCGCCGCGCCCGAGAAUGCCACUGACCCAGCAUACGUUGAAGCCGUUCGGCUUGACCAUAUCCUGGCCAUCCUGCAUGUUAUUGUCAGUGGAAAGAACACGGAGGGGAAUAUUGAUUGGGAACAGGCUCGUAGUGGCGGAACUGGGGUAGAUUCCAAGAAGAACAGCAUCGGUUAUGUGCAGACGAUGUUAGAGGACGCAAAGACACGCUUCUCUCAGGUGGCUACGACGUCCGAUCCCAGCCAAACGUUGUCUACCAUCAUUGAUGUGUCUCUCCAGGUCGCCACUGGAAUCAACGACCAAGUUAAGAAGUCCGGCAGCAUGUCAUCAGAGUGGCCGGCCAAAGACUCUGAGAUCGUCAAGAAGUGGCAGUCAGAUUUUGCCGCGCAAUAUCCGAAGGCAAACACUCUCAUCGCGACGGCCAAAACCAUUCCAGGUGUUGCCUCUAAUGGUAUCCCUUUGAUGUCUGACUCGGCACAGCGCACUGCGCAGAUCAGUGCCAAGAGUGCUCAGGCGCAGGCGCUGCUGGAAACCGCGAAGAACAGGUUGACAACGACACAGCAGAUGCUGACCACUGCCCAAGACAACUAUGUCAAAUCCACCGACAUGCUUUUGGAGCAGAAGAACAAGCUGGGUCAGAUCCAGGCUACUCUGACCAAGCUGACCAAGGAAAACGUUUCUCUUGCCGAGAUCAAGCGGGUCCUCAUCGAGUGUAUCAAACUCAUCAUCAAUCUCAAGGAGCAGGUGACGAACCUGGUUCGAUUUUUCAAAGCCAUGGAGUCACUUGUCGAAAUGUGCAUCCGCUUCCACGUCGAUCCUUUCCUCGAGACCGUCAAGCUGAUUGUUGCCGCUGACGGCACUGAUCCGUACAAGGACCUCAAGAUUGGCAACUACACUUACACGGACUUCCAGCGCUCGCAGCUGUACAGCGCGGCCGUGACGAUGCGAGCGUACUUUGGCGUCUUUGGCGACAUUGCCAAGAUGUGGGUACAGCUCUCCAAGGACAGCAUCAUGCCGGGCCUCCGCAUGUGCGACGACCUCUCGGUCACGGUUGAUGACCAGGACGCAUCGGCGCAGAUGAAAAAGAAGAUUGCGGUCCUCAACAAAUGGGCGACAGAUGCGGUCGACCAGGUGCAGAAGAUUGCGCAGGAUAAACAGCGGGAGAUCAUGAACGGCAUGGACUCCCGCAUCCAGGACGUGGCCGAGACAACGUCCCAGAUCACGCCCCUGCCCGCGUCAACGGUCAAGGCUAUCACCGACGGUACGGAGGUCACCAAGCAGGCGGCGCAGACGAACAUCAAGGAGAAGUCUGAGAGCAACCCUCUUAGCAGAUUCGCCAUCAUCGAUGACUAA